AUUGAAAUGAAAACAAAAUAUCCAAACAUUACAGUACCACAGUACUGUAAAAAAAAUGAUGGAAGAAGAAUGUACAAUAGGAAAAAUGUUUGCUAUUUUUGCGAAACAGUACUGCAUGGGAAAAUGCCACGUCACUACAAAAAGCAACAUCCAAAUGAACCAUUAGUGGCAAGGAUUCUGGCCUAUACUAAUAAAGAGCAACAAAGAUUAGCUUUUGAAAAACUACGGUAUAUGGGAGAUUUUAACUAUAAUAUGACGAUUUUUGAAAAGGGUAAGGGAGAAUUAAUUGUGGCAAGAAGACCUUUAAAGCCAAAACCCUGUGAAAAUUACCUUCCGUGUACAUUCUGUUAUGGUUUUAUAGAGAUUUCAGAAAUUUGGGCACAUGCAAAACGAUGUAAGCAUAGUAAGAAGAAGGAAGAUGAAAAUGAAGAUUUUAAGGAAAUAAAGUCUUACAUUUCGCAGUGCAGAAUGUUGCUCCAUGGUGGUAAUAUUUAUGGAGCAAAAGACACGUUGAGUCAUAAAAGAGUUUUGAAAGUAAUCGUAAGCACCAUGAGGGAAAGAGAAAACGAGAAUAUUAAAAAGACAGUGGCGAAUGAUGACCUUAUACUUCAUUUUGGAGGAGUAUUGUUGGAAAGGAAAGGUGAAAAGAAGAAGAACGAAAUUUCGGCUAAAAUGAGGCAACUUGGUCGAUUAGUUUUAACAAUUCGACAGAUACUUGGCAAGGAUGUUGGAUUGGAAAAGUGUAUACAGGGAAAGCAUUUUGACACAGUAGUCAGUGCAACCCAGCAGCUCUGUGUUCCCCAGAAGGCCAAGACCAUGCAUGGUGUACAAACAACCAAAUCACCAUCUCUGGGCUUGCAUUUAGGGCACAGUUUGAUAAAGUGUUGCCACAUCAAACAUGGAAAGGCAAUACGCAUGGGAGAUUUAACUAUGCAAAAAGAUGCCGAAAAUUUCAGAGACUUGUUUCGGCAAGAAUGGACAGAUACCAUCUCAAGUCCAGCUCUACAAGUUCUGAAAGAAAGAGAAUACACAAAAAAAGAAAGUCUUCCAACAGCAGAAGACCUUAAGAAAUUGCAUGAGUAUACAAACUCAUGUCUAGAUGUAGAAUGCAAACAAUUAAAAUCUGAUCCUUGUGAAGCAAAUUGGAGAGCACUUACGAAGACCAUUUUCGUACUAGUGACAGUCUUCAACAAACGUAGAGGUGGGGAAGUGAGUAGAAUAAGAGUUUCUUGCUUCACAGAUAGGCAAAAGAGUAAUGAAGGUGUGCAUAAGGAUCUAAUGGAGAGUUUAAGCUCCAUGGAGCAGCAACUGGCAAAAAGAUUUGAUUGUAUGAAACUUCCUGGGAAGAGAAACAGGAAAGUGCCAAUGCUAAUAAAAAGAGAAUGGGUUCAGCCCAUGGAACUGCUGGUGGAAACAAGGGAGGCCUGCAAUGUUUUACCAGAAAAUGAUUAUUUUUUUGCAGUUCCCAAAGCACUGACGUAUAUUAAUGCUUGGCAGACACUAAACAAUUAUGUGAGUAAUGCUGGUUGUGAGAGUGCAGUCGAUAUUUCAACCACAAGAUUACGGAAAUAUACAGCUACAAUGCUACAGGUUCUUGCUUUAACAAAAGGAGAGUUGCAGUGGCU